AAUUUACAAUCCAUAUAUUUCAUAUUAUAAGUCUACAACUACUUAUUCUACAACUUCACUAACAUUAUUUUAUAACAGCCUUUCAGUGCAGGAGCAACAGGUCAUGGAUCACAACAACAACAACAAAAAAAAAAGCUGUUAACAGGUCUGAACAUUCAGAUAUAAUUUAGUCAGUAAAUUAUUGUGUGUUCUUGCGUUUUCAGAAUGAGUCAGCACUUGCUCUGCACGUCUGUGCACUCUGGAUUACAAUACUGCUGACCUUUAAACACAUAUUGACCUAUCUAAAUGUGCUUUAGCAAGUUAGAAAAUCAGAUGUUAAGCAAAAGUUUAUUGUCACAAAACAGUCAACUGUCAAAAUACUGAGUCUAAUAAAUCAUUCACAACUCUGGUUUUGAAUGAUUGUUGUUGGCCCGAGGAGACAAGAUAGAGGAAGCUUGAUUAUGAAGUUAAGACAAGAGAGGCUUCUCUCUCAUGUUCCAACAUCUGUGUCACAUACAAGUCAUCUGACCUGCGUACAGCAAAUACAAUGGGGUGGGGCCCCAGCACGACAAGUCAUGCCACAGUGUAACAAAACUGCCAUGAUGUAACAUUAUGGCACUAUUUAUAGAGGCGGAUCUUCCUCACACUGCCGCAUUCUGUCCAUUCAACCGACUUCUUUUGGCUGUUGUCACUUGAGGACUGACAUUUUACCAGCAUUUAACUUCCAGGAACCAAUACCAGGAUUUGGAGUAUGAAUUUAAGGCUCAUCACUUUUGAACAAUCUUCUAUGGAAAAACAAGGAAAUGAAUUUAUAGCUGGGACAAUGUUUAGUCAAAGAGACACCUUUAAAGAGGCCUGACCUUUCUGUCCUAAAUUGCUCCAAUAAAGGAGCCUCUUGUCCUGUCCAAAUUAAUAAGCCACUCCUGAAUCUUACACUGAUCAAAAUGGUUAAAGUUGGACCUGCAGAUGUGGCUCCCUCAGCAGCUGUGAAGUUUGUAGGAGCAGGAACUGCAGCAUGCAUUGCUGACCUGCUUACCUUUCCCCUGGACACAGCCAAAGUUCGACUGCAGAUCCAAGGGGAGGCCAGAGCCUCAGCAGCUGCAGGGAAAGGAUCUGCAGUGAACUAUCGAGGAGUAUUUGGCACUAUCACCACCAUGGUGCGUACAGAGGGGCCCAGAAGUCUUUACAGAGGACUGGUGGCAGGACUCCAGAGGCAGAUGGGCUUUGCCUCUGUCCGUAUUGGCCUCUAUGACUCAGUGAAACAGUUCUACACUAAAGGCUCUGACCAUGCUGGCAUCGGCACUCGCCUGCUUGCGGGCUGUACCACUGGGGCCAUGGCAGUUGCUUUUGCUCAGCCCACAGAUGUGGUCAAAGUCCGCUUUCAGGCACAGGCCAGGUCUUCCACACACGCCAGACACUACUGUAGCACCAUCGAUGCUUACAAGACCAUCGCUAAAGAAGAAGGCAUUCGUGGUCUGUGGAAAGGUACAGCUCCAAACAUCGCACGUAGUGCAAUUGUUAACUGCACAGAACUGGUUACGUAUGACUUUAUCAAGGAAACACUCCUUCGGUCCACUCCCCUGACAGACAAUCUGCCCUGCCACUUUGUAUCAGCCUUUGGUGCAGGGUUAUGCACAACACUGAUUGCAUCUCCAGUUGAUGUGGUCAAGACCAGAUAUAUGAACUCCUCUCUUGGCCAGUACAACAGUGUCCUAACCUGUGCUGCCAACAUGAUGACCAAAGAGGGACCCCUUGCCUUUUAUAAGGGGUUCAUGCCAUCAUUCUUACGCCUGGGCUCCUGGAAUGUGGUGAUGUUUGUGACAUAUGAGCAACUGAAACGAGCCAUGACAACAGCAAAUCACAGCUGCACAACUACACAGUAAUCAUUACUGUGUUGCA